CCCUGGUUAGCAUGACUUUCAAAACUUUCUAUCAUGUCAAAUAAUACUUUGGGUCUGACAAGUGGCAUUCAUUUGAGAAAAUGGGAGCAGAGCAAUCAGCCUUGUUGGUCUGUACUCAGACAGGAAGGCCUGAAAAAUUCCUAGAACUGACCAAUGCGGAACAGUUCUUUCGCUUGUAUUUUGAUAAGAUGCCCAAGCCGAAGACAGGCCCGGUUACUGAAGCUCUUCUCCACUUGGUGAAUAAUCUUCCUGUCACAAAGGACAGAAACAUUGACAACGCAGAACAAGAUUUGCAUUUAAUCCCAGAUGAAGACGAGGAUAUGGGGUUAAGCGAUGGUGGGGAUAGCGGCAUCCACUCGGACUUUACCUCUUCCACAGAGUGAGGCCACUGCAAAUACACUUAAUUGUCCGCCCCAGAGAUACCAUUCGUUCGACAAACAAUAAAUAAAAUAAUUUAACAUUUAUGAUUUUA